UUGGGAGGAGGUGAUAAGACAGGAUUUAGGACUUCUCGACCUGACUGAGGAUAUGGCCCUAGAUAGGAACCUUUGGAGAACUAGGAUUAGAGUAGCUGGAUAGGAGCUCGGUGUUGUAGAGGUUGUUUUGUAGUGUGUUGUAUUUGUUGGGAAUCUUUUGCUAUUGUUUGUACUUGUUGCUUGUACUUGGUGCCUUAUCUGUGCUAUACUGUGUUCUCUUCCAUAUUUUUGUGCAGGUGGAGCCGGGGGUCUCUUGGAAACAGCCUCCCUACUUCCGAGUAGGGGCAAGUUUUUAUGUAUUUUGUCAAUGUUGCCUAUUGUUUAGUAUGCCUCACAUUUCAGGUAAUAGAUGCAUGUGCCAAAGGAAAUUUGGGUCGUUUCAUAAACCAUAGUUGCGAUCCAAAUUGCCGUACUGAGAAGUGGAUUGUAAAUGGAGAAGUUUGUGUUGGGAUUUUUGCAUUAAGGGACAUUAAGAAGGGUGAAGAAGUGACAUUUGAUUAUAAUUAUGUACGGAUCUUCGGUGCUGCUGCCAAAAAAUGUGUCUGUGGUUCUUCUCAUUGCCGAGGUUACAUAGGUAGUGAUACCUUAAAUGCUGAAGUAGUCGUUCAGGAUGAUUCAGAAGAUGAAUAUCCAGAGCCCGUGGUGGUUUGUGAAAACAUAGAUAUCGAUGAUGAAUUAAACUACGUGAAAUCAGCAGCAUGUUUGUUUAACCAUUCAGAAUUGAGAAAUGUUGAUGAAUCUCCAGAAAAAGAUAUUGUAAUUAAUGGACAGGGUUCUGUGCACUCACAGAACACCAUUGGAAUUAAAAAUGGCAAUCCAAUCUGUACAGAAAGUUUUGAGACUAACAUACAUUCUGCUGCUGUUGAGUGCUUGGUGACUACUGAGAUGAGUGAGAACUUGCUGGAUUCAUCUGCAUCUUCUACAAGGAGAGAGGGGACAUCUUCAAGUUUGGAGGGUUCAAGAGGGAUGCAGUCUUGUGAUGCUAAAGGAGAUGGGUUGGAGGGUGUCAACAAUUUACAAACAUCCCUGUGUUAUCCUGUGAAGUCAAAAACUCUUAGCAAGCAAUUUAAGAACAUAAAAUCUUGCUGUGCAAGAGGUAAGGCUGAAGCCUCGAAGCCUCCCCCUCUUGUGAAAACUCCUCAAGUUUCAUCUUUAGUGAAGAAAGCUAAACCCAAGAAUACAAAAACAUCACUGGCAAUAGAUAAUGGGCCUAAAUUGCCAGAAUUGAAAUCCAAGAAACUGUCAGAUGGGUCGUUAAAUAGCCGUUCUGAAGCUGUAGAAGAAAAGCUCAAUGAGUUACUAGAUACUGAAGGAGGAAUAAGUAAACGAAAAGAUGCAUCAAAAAGCUACCUGAAGCUUCUCCUUUUGACUGCUGCUUCAGGGGAUAGUGGCAAUAGUGAAACAAUUCAGAGCAACCGAGAACUUUCUAUGAUCCUAGAUGCACUCCUGAAGACAAAAUCUCGGACAGUUUUAGUCGAUAUUAUCAAUAAAAAUGGUUUGCAGAUGUUACACAACAUAAUGAAAAGAUACAGAAGGGAAUUCAAUAAGAUUCCAAUACUCAGAAAGCUGCUUAAGGUACUGGAAUAUCUAGCAUUAAGAGAGAUUUUAGCAUGUGAACACAUUAUUGGGAGCCCUCAUCGGCCUGGAGUGGAGAGCUUCAGAGACUCGAUAUUAAGCCUGACAGAGCACAUAGACAAACAGGUCCAUCAUAUCGCAAGAAGCUUUAGAGAUAGGUGGAUACCUAGACUACCCAGAAAAAGUUGUUUCAUGGACAGGGAUGAGGGAUGGACGACAGAGUUGCACUUACAUUCAAUGGUUGGAUCUACGGCCACAGCAGAUGCUUGUGCACUAAAUUGCUCGUCUCUAGCUAGCUCUGGUCUUGGUGUCUCCAACAACAUGACAAGGGUACAUAAACGUAAAACUCAGUGUGAUCCAGAGUCUAAAACAAAUGAUGAUUGCCAGCAGGAUAUAAAUGACGAUGAUGCCCCUCCCGGCUUUUCAUCCCCCAUAAAUAACCCCAAAGAACAGUUUACUUCCACACGGCCAGUCAUGGGACAUUGCCAACAUAGAUAUAAUCCAAACAUUCUGCUCUCGUUUGGAAUUCCUGUUAAUGAGGUGCGGCAAUUAGGGACACCUAUAAUUGAACCCUCGGAAGGCUGGGCCGUGGCUCCGGGCACGCCCUUCCAUCCCUUCCCUCCAUUGCCUACAUACCCAUAUCGCAGUAAGGGCAUUGUUCCUCCUCCCCCAAGUUCUGAGGUCCCACAUCAACCUGCUCGAAGUCCGUGUGACCAUCAGAAUCUGCCCCAACCUUUCAAAAAUUGUUUCCAAGAUUAUCCAUGUCAAACCAUGCAGAGUCCCACUGCAGGGGCAGCAAACCUGCCACCUGUGGCUGCAACUAGAGGGCACACUCGUCCAUCGCCUGCCGGCUCUUUUCAGAUGGGAAAGAGAUACUUCAGGCAGCGAAAGUGGAGUGGCUCAAAAUUUCAACCUCGGAGAAGGGGUAGAAACAGUUGGGGAUAUACAGGAAACAAUGGGAUGUGCAAUGCACGUUUCAGAAGCACGCCAAAUGAGUUUAGAUUUCGUGGCCAAGUAGAUGUUGGAUUCAAGGAGGGUCCUUGGAAUUUGUUACCCAAAUAUUAACUUCCUUUCCUAUACGAAGAGAGCCUCAACGUAGUUUCUUGUGGUCUUUUUUUUUGCGGCACGGAAUGAAAUUUGAUUAAUUUAUUGGUAUCUUAUUAGUUUCCAGGUAUAUGAGUAAUAGGACAAACAAUUAAUCUUGUUAUUCAUUCAUUGGAGUUUGAGAUGGAAGUACGCCAAAAAAUGAGUAUGUGUGCUUCAGCAAUUGAUCUCAAAAGUAUUUUGAGACUUGUUGGUUUAUUGACUUUGAUUAGGUCUCAUCUAAUGAAGAUUCAAUGUAUUA